UCGCGGCACAUGAAUGAAUGUCCACAGCCUAAAAUUGUAAUGAAUGAUUUUCUGUGCGUGAUCGAGAUGGAAAUUUAAUUUUACCAUUUCUGUAAUCUAUUUUCAAGGCUUACGGUGUUCAACCUUUUUGAAGUGGAUCAUAUGAGAAAAGGUACCUAAAACUUAUUACGAUUAUUUUUGCUGCUGUAAAGCUUCAUUGCGCUUAUCGAUCACUAGGAGCAUACAUCCAUUUGUUUUUUUGUCAGUCUCCAAGCCAGUAAUAGCCUAAUGGUCUGCGUUGUUGUUUUUCGCUAGCAACGGUGAGAUCUCUGCCACAACGGUUCGCCCAGUAAACAGCCUCCUGCUUUCAAAACAAUGGAAGUCACGGAAAAAGCUUUUAGGCAAAUCACCCAGUAAUUGUUCCCUUACAAUAACAAUGAUCUCGCCGAGUAAUUAUUCUGCCGACUUAUUUUCUUUUUCAAUUUCAUGAACCAGUAGAUCUACUGUUUGGAAUAUGAAAUUAUUACAUUUUUCCAACAUACUGACAUUGAUUUUUGAAAAAUUUGACGAUUUCGGUGCGCUUGAUAAAGCGCCUAACUAACUUAUUUAUCGUUGGCAAGAAAAUAGACUAUCACCACCAAAAAAACCCACCGCAAAAUCUCGGAAGUCGUUUAUCGUAAAAUUACAAUGUAUUUACGCAUUUAAAAGAUCGAUUUCAAUCGGUUUCUAUUCAAUCAUUUGUUGAUGAGUUGACGACACCGUUGUGAAUAGUUUCCCCCACGAAAACGUAAAGCUUUCCGUCUUCGAGCAUUGAAGAAGGGCGCGCCGAAAAAAGGCCGCCUUGUUGUUCCGGUGUUCCAAACGCCAACGAUUCCAGCAUGGAUGUGAACUCUUCUUUACCCGACAGUAACUCAACAAAUACCGAAGACCAGCCGGCGGUAUUAACGACGGUACUUUUUUCGUUUGUAAUAGCCACUGGUUUUCCAGGGAACUUACUGAUCGUGAUCGCAGUGAUCGGCCGCCAGCAGUUGAGAGCCCCAUGUUAUUCUUUGAUCCUCAGCAUCGCUGUAGCCGACCUUGGUAUGGCUCUCAUUGCAGCUCCUCAGCGCAUUAUAGAGAAUUACAUCGGUUGGCCUUUUGGCAAUUUCAUGUGCAAUUUUCUUGCCUCCAUCCAAGAACUUUUCGUCAGCGUUUCAGUAAUGACACACACCGCCAUUGCUCUAGAGAGAUACCGUGCAAUCGUGCAGCCGUUUAGAGAGCGAAUGAGCUGGAAGAUGGCAAAGAUCACGGUAGCUGUUAUUUGGUUAGGCUGCUACAUAAGCGCGGCCUUGCCUCAAGCUGUUAUGCUUGAUCUCUAUCAAGAACCCGACGGGAAAGUUUACUGCACUCCGGAGUUCCCUUCCGACGAAGUCCGCCGCGUGUACGAAUUUUACCUCGUAACAGUGUUCAUCGCAGUACCUUUGUUUAUCCAGUCAUGGUGUUACGUAAACGUGUUUCUGGUCGCCAACCGUGAACUGGAUCGACUCACCAGGGAGAACUCUAUCAGGAAGGAUAUUCUUGAAAGAAGCAAGAAAAAGAUUCGCCUGGUCAAAGUAUUAGUGUCUCUUGUGGCAGUUUUCCAGUGCUGUUCAAUUCCUCGCGGUGUUUUGAUGCUGAUAAGAGAAUUCGAAGGUGACGACGCGAUGGAGGAAAACCUGUUUUACUGGUAUACCGACGUAAUUUCUCUUUUCGCUUAUUAUAUCAAGCAUAUGAUAAACCCUGUUAUUCUUUGGAGCACAAGCAGCGAGUUUCGAUUUUGCUGUUGAAAGUAAUCUAUCUUCAACGCAAUAGAAACAUUUCCGGUCUUCCUCUUAGGUAGAAAAGAUGCAUGCCAAUUUUUGAAAACAAAAUUGCGGUGAAAACUCAAAGAAAAACUUAAACUAGAACAAAACAAACAAAAUAACAAACUCUCAAUUCAAACUCGAAAAUUUAACUGUUCUUUGUUACUUUGUGCCGCACAAUGCUUGCAGUGGAAAUGAAGAGGAAAAUAGGCGCCGUUUGAUGAUCUAAUGCGGCGCCUGAAUUUUGUUUUUAUUGUUUUGGUUUUUGUUGUUGUUGUCGUUGUUGUUUUCUUUUCUAGUGGUUCGCACGACCGAUUACGUGCAAUUCGCUCAAUUCGAUUUCGUUUUUCAGUAAUGUAUUUCAAAUUUCAUUUUAAAUUCUCUACUGCCUGUA